AUGUCUGUAUCACAGAGCAGUCCCAGAAUAUAUAGUAAAACAGGUACACGCACGCACACACGCACACUGAAUGCCUCCUUCUGUCUUGGUGUGUCAGCCCUGUGGAUCGUGGUGAUCCGGUUUCAGCAGGUCAGAGACUACGGUCACAACAGCAGGGUGAACAUCGCCAGUAUCAUCCUGGGCUUCAUCUCCUGCCUGGGCAUCUCCCUCAUCGGAAACUUCCAGCAAUCUGUAAUGAAGGAGGUCCACUUAUUGGGCGCGUUCCUGGCCUUUUUUGUGGGCCUGGCUUAUUUCUGGCUGCAGGCGUGGCUUUGCUACAGAGCCCCGCCCUCAGACGACCAUCGCUGGGUUGGAGGUCUUCGCCUAACCUUCUGUAGCAUCAGCACCAUCCUGGACAUCGCCAUGGUCACUCUCCAUAACACCGGCUAUAAAUCUGGAGCAGCCAUUUCUGAGUGGGCCUUGGUCAUGUCUUUCUUCGUCCUGUUUGGUAUCUUUGGGUGCGAGUUCCGUCACAUCGACUGUCACCAGCUCACAGUGCAGAAACGAGGUCUGAAGACACUGAGCACCAAUGGAGGAGAUAUCAGAAUAUGAUGCUUCACAGUGUACUCAAUA